AUGGGGGGCAAGAAGCCGAAGGUUGUGAUAGUUGGAGCGGGAUUGGCCGGCCUAGCCGCAGGCCGGCGACUUCAUUACUGCGCCGGUGACGUACUUGACGUCGCCGUGGUGGAGGCCGGCGACCGCAUAGGCGGCCGCAUCCUAACCUCCGAGUUCGCCGGCGCGCAAUUAGAGAUCGGCGCUACGUGGAUCCACGGCAUUGAUGGCAGUCCCAUCUAUGAAAUUGCCAGAAAAGCAGGAGCCCUUUUUCCCGAUGAACACGCAGCAGCCUGGGAGCGCAUGGAUGGAUUCCCUUCCGAUCCCCUAACCCUAGCAGAAGGAGGUCUCGUCAUCGAUCACUUCUUACUUGAUCGAGUAUCUGCGGUAUUCUCCAACCUCAAAGACCUCAUAGUCUCAGGUAAAACCAACGAUAAAAUCGCUAGCGUCGGCGAGUUCCUCCGCCAUGGAUUUGAGUCCUACCGAGCUGAGAACAGAGCCGAUUGGAUAGAAGAGGCAGCGUUUGCGAUGCACGAGUGCGGUGAACGGGGGUAUACCGCGGUUGACGAUCUGGAUUCACUCGACCUCUCGGCGGAGAAAGAGUACCGCGAGUUCCCAGGGGAGCACAUCACCCUACCCGGAGGUUACUCACGAGUCCCCGAGUUUCUCGCCUCCGCACUUCCUGCCGGCACGAUUCGUCUCCGGCGAAAAGUAUCGCAGGUGGAAUGGCAUCCUGAUGGUCUUGCUGGAGGAAAUCCGGUUCGAAUCCUCUAUGACGACGGCGAAGUGGAAUUCGCCGAUCACGCGAUCAUUACGGUCUCCCUUGGCGUUCUCAAGUCCGGAGUUAUUAACGGGCACGGCCUAUGCUUCACGCCUCCUCUACCAAAGGCAAAGAUCGACGCAAUACGGCGGAUAGGGUUUGGCUUGCGGCUCCAGGGUGCUGCUCGCGUGGUUCGUCGGCCGGGAGGCGGCGGAGCUGGAGAAGAUGGAUGA